AUGUCCAAGAGAGGUGCUCAGGGCCCGCAGGGUUCGAAGGAGUCCAACCUGUUUGAAUUCAAUAUGUCGGGUACUCCGGAUGAGAAGCCGCAGCGGGCUACCGCUGCUCAGCUGGCAAACAGAAAAAUCAAAGACCCAAGGAAACGAAGAACAACCACUGCUCCCACAAACGCUCCCGCCCCCUCCUUCGGUAGUCCCUUCAACUCUUCAGACUCCAACCCCGUUUCCUCCCCUGGGGCGGGUACUCAAGCCAUGUCGAACGGUUUCUCCUUCGGUCAGUCUCAGAGCUUUCCCGGAGCCGGAUCGAAUCCACCUCCGCCGACUCAAAACGGAUCCUCUCCAUUCUCCUUCGGAGCUGGCUCAGGUUCCUCAUCCUUCAAUUUCUCCACCACGGGCGGUCCACCCACGGGGGGAAACCCGUUUGCUACAAUGAAUACCGCCAACUCGACCGGUCCUAGCCAACCGCCCACCGGUGGUGGGUUCUCUUUCACAGGCAAUACUUUUAGCACCCCGUCAAGCAAUGUGCAACCACCCUCUCAGCAAGCCCCGCCUGCCGGUGGGAUCUUUGGCUCGGGCCCGCAGCAGAAUAAUGCCUCCGCUGGAUUGUUCAACUUUGGUGCGAAUGGCCCGGCCGCGAGCAAGCCCGCAUCCUCGGCUCCCGCUUCCACGGGUAGCAUUUUCGGUCAAAGCACCACGUCCACCAGCGCCCCUCCCUUUGGUCAGCAACCCUUGGCCAAAUCGCCGCCAUUUGGGAACUCCGCCGUAUUCGGCAACGACUCGAUGCAGACCUCCCCCGACGCCAAGACCAAUGGCCUCGCAGCGAAACCAUCCAUCUUCAGCGGAGGCGCUUCGACCGGGUUUGGUGCCUCCACCGACCUGGCCGGUUCGGGCUCUGUCUUUGGUGGCUCGCCGGCUAAACCCGCCCAGACCCCGUCCAAGCCCGUGGAGACCAAACCGGCUGGGACUCCUACCCCCUCCCUCUUCGGAGCGACCACACCAGGCACCACGGCCGUGGGCACGUCUUCCACCCCCGCUCCGGCUACCACUGGCGCAACCCCAUUUCAAUUCGGUAGCCCUGCGCCGGCCAGUCCCGCUGCGACCCCCUUUCAAUCCACGAAUCUCUUCGCAGGGGCACCAAAGGCUCCCGAGCAAAAGAAAGAGGACAAGCCCAGCGAGCCGCCGGCCAAGAACCUGUUCCAGUUUGCGCCGUCCACCAGUGGCCCCUCCACCACCAGCCCGUCCUUGUUCUCCAAGAGCGAGACGGCAGCGACUCCCGCGGCGCCGGCCAGCGGAUUGUUCCAGCCCCCUUCGUCAGGAAGCCUGUUUGCUCCCAAGCCCGCCGUCUCGGCCGAGCAGGACCAGUCGAAACCCGCAGAAGCCAAACCCUUCGGUAACCUGUUCGCGCCCAAGCCCGCCACGCCCAGCCAACCCGCGACGGAGCAGCAACCUCCGUCUUCGGGCAAUCCAUUCGGCAACCUGUUCGCCCCUAAGCCCAGCGACGGGGAAAAGCCAGCCACCACCCCAGCUCCGUUGUUCUCCGCACCGGCGCCCAGUGCGUCCCCGCUGAAGCCUGCGACUCCUUUCGGUCAGCCGUCUAGUCCGUUUGGCCAAUCUCAGGCACCGACUGCUGCUACUCCGUCGGAACCCAAGACCCAAGCGCCCGCCCAACCUGCUUCCACCUCGCAGACCAAUGGGACCAAGGUCUUUGUCCCGCUCUCCACGGAUUCAAGCGAGAAGGGUGCUGCAGCCUUGAAAGAGAAGCUGGGACCGUCUCGACUCCCCGAUGCACUGACACCUCAGACGGCAGAAGAAGUUGAACUACUGCAUCGUGUCCGCUUGUUGAACAAAUGCUUCCAACUUGAGGUCGCCAAGUUGAACCCCGCCGAACACGACUUCCUCAAUGUCGUGGAGUUCUACGUGCGUGUGCGUGAGACGUUCGGCGCGCCGACCGGAUCUGUGACCACCAAGCGCAAGACCCGAGAUGAUGAAAGCGAGCCGGUCGAUGGUCAGGAUUUGAAGAAGAUCAAGGCCUCUUUUGGUGGGUUUCAACCAGCUGCCGCCUCGAGCAAAGAAAACUCACCCGCAGCCACCCCUGCUUCCGCGGACACGACCACCCCGGCCAAACCUUCUGAAACAACCCCGCCUACGCCGGCCGGGGGAAAGAGGAAAUCAUCGGACGAUUCCGAGGACACUCAAGGAUCGCCACCAAAGAAAGUCAAUGGCGAGUCCAGCACGGCAAACAUCUUUGCGCAGUCCUUUUCCAAAUCAAAGUCGUCUGAUUCUCCGAGCGAGCCUGCCCAGCCGGAACCUUCCCCAUCUACGCAACCGUCGACUCCGCAGACUCCCAAGUUCAGCUUCUCCACGACGCCUGCAGCGUCGCCCUCCAAGCCACUGUUCCCUACUCCCGCGGCCGCCAGCCAACCCGCAACGGGCAACUCGCUGUUUUCCGCGUCCGCGUCUGUCUCAAAGCCCACAUUUGGUACUCCCGCGGCGAGUAGCUCCCCAGCGCCAGCACCUAAUCCGUUUACUCUGAAGCCGUCGAACGGCGAGAGUGCAGCGGGUGCCCCUGGAUCUGCCCCUGCGAUCCCCAAGUUUGGCUCUGGUGGAGUUGACUUCUUCGCCCAGUUCAAGUCACAGGCUGACAAGAACGCGGAGAAGGAGAAACAGAAACGGAAGGACGAAGAUUUCGAUUCCGACGAGGAUGACGAAGCCGAGUGGGAGCGCAAGGAUGCCGAGCAGCAACGCAAGAAGCGUGAGGAAGCCGAGGCUCGCGCCGCGAAGCGUCCCAAAUUCGUCCCCGGGAAGGGUUUCGUCUUUGAAGACGACAACACUGACGUCGCCACAAAGCCCGCGGAAGAGACGUCCUCUGGCCCUUCGGUAUUCGAGACCAAGACCGCCGCCGCCCCGGCCAAAGCCAGCAAUAUCUUUGGUCAUCUCUCUGCCACUCCAUCGGAGAUCGAAGAGCCCGAUAACGAUGGGGAUGUCACGGAGGAAGCCUCCAUCGAUGGCGACGAGAAUGGCACCACCUCGAAGGAUUCCCUCUUUGUCUCGGCUAGCGAGCGAAGCAGUCGGGAUGUCAGCGAAGCCGGCUCCAAGGGGGUAUCAGGCAGUGGUGCCGAGUUCUCUGCCAACGACAGCAGUGACGACGGUGAUCUUUCCAAGGCGCUCAAAAAGUCGAAACCGGCUGCCGCGCAGAAAAGCGAGCAACCAGGCAACCGCAGCUUGAUGGGCCGUGUCCAAGAGAGCGGCACCCCCAAGAGCCAGGGCGAAGAGGAAAAGAAGAAUCCGUUUGCGAACUUGUUUGCCGCCCCGAAGCCUCCAUCCUCCACCGGCACGCCUGCAUCAUCCACCCCCAACCCAUUUGCCCCGGUCAGCAAGCCGGCGUCUGAGCAGAGUGACGCUUCUGCGCCCAAGCCUGCUACUCCCAGUCUUUUUGGUGCCCCGGCACCCGCUGGGGGACUUUUCGGGUCUUCUGCUCCUAGCUCUGGCGGCUCCACCCCGUCUAUCUUCGCUGCAGGCCAAAGUCCUUCGAAGCCAGCUGGUGACAACACGUGGAAGAUGAACUCGCCCAUCAAGUUCGCGAGUGACUCAACGCCCAAGCCUGACUCUGGGUCAGAAACGCCCGCGAGUAACGGGUCGAAGCCCUUCUCUACUCUCUUUGGAGCCCCCGCGGCCGAGCCUUCACCAGGAAACGGCAACUCGCAGCCACAAUCUGGCUUCUCGUUCGGCAACCCCUCGCCCUCAUCAUCCUUCCUGGCCCCCUCCAGCAUCAACUCCGCCGCCGCAAGCCGGUCCACAACCCCCGGUGCAUCAGACACAGGCGCCGACUCGUCCGGCGAUACCGAAGGAGCGGAGUCUCUCCCGCAAGUCGACUUCUCCAAGGGAGGCGCCGGCGAAGAGAACGAAGACGCCCUGAUGGCGACGCGCGCGCGCGCCAUGAAGCUCACCCCCGGCACCGGGUGGGAAAGCCAAGGCGUGGGCUUCCUUCGUGUCCUGAAAGACCGCACCACAUCCCGCUGCCGUGUCCUCCUUCGCGCCGAUCCCAGCGGCAACAUCGUCCUGAACACCUCGCUGAAGAAGGAGAUCAAGUACUCCGUUAAGGGCAACAGCGUGUAUUUCAUCGUGCCUCAGGCUAGCGGUACCCUCGAACAGUGGGCUCUCCGCGUGAAGACCGAGGAAGCUCCCAAGUUGGGCUCCGUUUUGGAGGAGAAUAAGUGUUAA